AUGAAUCUUGAUUCCAGUACUAUAGAGCUGCAUUCCUCCUGCGGGACACCUGGAAAUCCCCCCAGUGAUGAACCAGUAAGGAACUCAGACCACCACAUCCAGGAUCCGGUGCUGGUUUGGGCUCCCAGUGGGAGGCGACUGAUCUCUGGCCUCCUGGGGAUGAAUGUGGUGCUGCUGGGAGCGGCCCUGGUGGCCGGUGAGGCUUUCAACCCCAGCGGCCUGAAGCACCAGGAGCCCCAGGUGUUCAUGCUGCUGCUGAUGGGGGUCAGUUUGGUUUGGAUGUUGUGGUACCUGCUGUGGGCCAGGAAACAGCCCGGCAUCAGCCCACAUGAAGACCACCACGCCGGGGGAAUCACUGUCAUGAUGGUCCUCCUGCUUUUUGCUGCAUGCAGUCUGCUGCUGCAUGUCUGCAGGACUGGUUAUUUGAUCAAUAUGAUUCAGUGUAAAGCUGCUAUUACAGUGCUCUUUACCUUCGUCGAGUCUCCCUUUCUCGCACUGCAGUGUUUUCCUCCAUGUUUGUUUCCAGAAACUGCCAAUUCAACAUUCUGUCAGUGCAGUGCGAGUGCACAAUGCCUUGUCUUCAGGAAAGGCUUCGAGAUCCUUUAUCCCUUCAACAUCGAGUACUACCUGAUGGCAGGCUGCAUGAUCUAUGUGAUGUGGGAGAACGUGGGCCGCAGGAUGGGUACAGGUCACCACCAUGGUAGUCAGAAGUUCACCGUAAAUAUUGUUUACCAAGGCGGGAUCAUAUACGGCCUCGUGUUAGGUGGCCUGGUCCUCAUAGCAGGAGCGACUGUCUUCAUUCUCUAUCAGGUUUGGGUGAGCCAGCAUCAGCUCCGCCACACCGCCUUCCUCAUUUUUUAUGGCUACCAUUUAGUGGUCAUGCCUGUCAUGUCUCUGUUCUCCCUGGCUGGCCUGCUGGUCCACAGGCUGGAGAGGAGGGCACAUGAGGGGGGGCACAACCCCACUCGUAGCCUGGAUGUGCUCCUCCUGGUGGCGGCAGCUAUAGGCCAGCUCGCCCUCUCCUACUUCUCCCUGGUGGCAGCCCUUGCUGUGGGGACCCAAGGGCCUCUGGGGAAUCUAGACCUGUCCUACUCCCUCCUCAGCCUCAUGGAGCUCAUCCUGCAGAACAUCUUCAUCAUCGAAGGCCUCCAUAGGCACCCAAAGCUCCUCGCCAAGAAGAAGGAGCGGAGCAACAUAUUCACGGUUGUUUUGCCAGUGGAAGAGAAGGGGAAGAUUGAUAUUUCAGUGCUGGACGCAUCAGUACCCCCUGUUGUUCAAGAGCAUGAUGAGAAAAAGUCCUGGACCAAAAGAGUGAUACAAGAAAUUUGUGUUUUCCUCAUCCUUUCUAAUAUCAUGCUGUGGGUCAUCCCUGCGUUUGGAGUCCACCCUCAGUUUGAGAACGGUCUGGGGAAACAGUUUUUCGGCUUCAGCGCUUGGUUUGUUAUGGUGAAUCUCGGUCAGCCGCUCAGUGUCUUCUACAGGAUGCAUUCAGUGGGAGCUUUAAUGGAGCUGUUUAUCACUGCAUGA